CCGUCCCCGCACUCGACGCUUCCACUGCUUCCCUAAACCCCUGACCCUGAGUUCUCCACUCGCCUCUCUUCUCUAGCUGUAACCCUCUACCGUUCCCGACUCCCGGAAAAUGGCGAAGCGUUUGAUUCCAGCCUUCAAUCGCAUUUUGGUCGAGAAGAUUGUCCCUCCUUCCAAGACUACCGCCGGCAUCCUCCUUCCGGAGAAAACCUCCAAGCUGAACUCUUGCAAAGUAGUUGUUGUGGGUUUUGGACUUCGUGACAAGAGUGGGAAUCAGAUUCCUGUGGCGGUGAAGGAAGGACAGACGGUUCUUUUGCCCGAGUAUGGAGGAACUGAAGUGAAGCUUGGUGAUAAGGAACUCACAAGUCAAUCGCCGCGGAUCAAACCCAAGCUUCCAAUCUUCGCUCUCUCCGUCGCCGCCGCACGUUCGAGUCGCGAAGCACAACCCAGCAGCCCAAAGCGCUCCGCUCCCAUCGCCGUCGGACCCAUUCUCCGUCGACCCAACCCUGCUGCUCGUGUCGUCCCCAUCGCAGUUGGAGCUUUCCCGCUCAACCAAGAAGCCCAGGGCCUCGUUGGAGUUCAGGUUAGUAGGAGCAGCAAGCCACCGCUAGAGCUUGGAAAGUAGAAGGGGAGCAGAGGACCUCGACUUUGUUUUCUUGCUCUUUUAAUUCUUAGUUUUGUUUUAUUGUUUGCUGGUGGUUCCCAGAGAGAUAU